AAGGAGUUUGGAUUGACGAAGUAAUGAUGUUGUUUAAUUGUGUAUGGAGAAGAGUAUUUGGGGUUGUAAUGGGAGAUAAAUUAAGUGGUGUGUUAAGUGAGUGUGGUGUUUUGUGGUUAGGUCUAGUUGAAUUGUUGAUAUUUGUAGAUAGAUU